GUUAGCUAGCUAGCUCCCCAUUUUUGAACUUUUCAUACCAAUUAAUAUUUAAAGCCUCCAACUUCCUUAUAUGUACGUAGUCCAAGCACCUCUAAUACCCAACAACAAAACCCCUUCCUCUCUUCCUCUAUUUUUCUAUCUACCUGUCUGCCUAUCUGUCUGUCUCUCAUGGCGGCUAUGAGCACGAAUGUGACGAUGGUAGGGAGCGGGGAGAAGGUAGUAGUGCUCGCGCAUGGAUACGGUGGGAACCAGGCGGUUUGGGACGGCCUAGUUCCUCAUCUGUCUAAGAAUUAUCGAAUCCUACUCUUCGAUUGGGACUUCUCAGGCAAUGGCUCAGACGUCGACCCCUCUAGUUACUCCUUCACCGCCUACGCGGACGAUCUAAUCACGCUAAUGGAUGAGAGGAAUCUUAACGACGCCGUAUACAUCGGGCACUCCAUGGCGGGAAUGAUCGGUUGCAUUGCGUCGAUUAAGAGGCGGGAUCUCUUUGCGCACCUCGUGCUCAUCGCAGCGUCCCCGAGGUACUUGAACUCGGAAGAUUAUGUAGGGGGGUUUGAGAAAGAAGAUGUUGACGGAAUACUCUCAAGCAUAGAAACCAAUUUCCAGGACUGGGCUCUGAAAUUCGUGCCGGUCGCGAUCGGUGUAAACAAUUCGGUCUUCAUCAAGAUGCUGGGUCGAAGCUUUUGCACCAUGAGGCCCGAUGUCGCAUUGGCCGUCGCAAGAACCAUCUUCCUCGGCGACCACAGAGAUGUUCUAGACGAGGUCGACGUGCCCUGCACGAUCAUACAAACCACCGACGACUUUGCGGUGCCCGUUUCCGUCGGGCAGUACAUGCAGAGCAAGAUACGGGAGGCGUCGCUGGAGAUCAUCGAGGCGGGGGGCCACUUCCCGCAGCUCACGACUCGCGAUUUGGUUAUUGAAAUUCUCGACGGAGUCUUACCGCCGAUAAAUGCUGCCUAUUAUAAUUGAUAAUAACGACGAUCGCUGCGGCGGCGGCAGUGAUUUAUUGUAUCAUGACAUGAUGCAUGGUUUUUAGGUUGCUAGAAAAUUUAGGUUGUUGAAUAUGUCUCGUACUACUUUUGUUGCGAUCAAUCAGUGAGUUUCCCACAAAUAAUAAUGCCAAUGAUUGUAGGGUCUGCACUUGUAUAUGUCUAUAUAUGUUAGUUCUGUGUCAACUCAUUGUAACCUUUUAUGUGACUCUUCUUAUUGAAUGAAGCCGCAAUAUUUUACC